AUGAAUUUUAAUAUGGCUGCACCCAUGGCUGGUGUUGAAAGCAUGAUUGUAUAUAUUAACCUAAGUUUUUAAGUUUAUACAUCAUUUUCGAUAAUAACUGAAGAAGUGACAAUGAUGCAAAGUAAAAUAUUUGUAAAGAACCGCGCAUUAGGAUAUGUUUCUAAUCAUAUUCCUCUUGUAACAAGAUACAUUCGAGUGCGACAUGAAAAUCUUAUAGUGACAUGUAUUGGUAAUGCAUUUGUCACGUUCAGUGCCACGCAUUUAAGAUUACUUGCUAUAUCAGGGACACAUCCAGGUGAAAUUACAUGCCUUGCUGCAGAUAGUCUUCUGAUUUAUACAGCAUGUAGGAAUGUUGUUUAUGCUUGGAAAAGGGGAACGGAACUGAAACAUACUUACAAAGGUCAUGCACACACGGUGCACAGUUUACUACCUUUUGGACCACAUUUAAUAUCUGUUGAUGAAAAUAGCGACGUUAAGGUUUGGGAUAUUAAAUCAGAGGAGUUAGUACUAGAACUGAACUUUGGUAAUAAUAUUUUUAAGAUAACAACGUUAAUGCAUCCCAACACUUACCUGAACAAAAUCUUGUUUGGAAGCGAACAAGGUCAGCUGCAAUUAUGGAAUCUGAAACUUGCAAAAUGCAUUUAUACAUUUAAUGGCUGGAAAGCACCUGUAACUGUGAUUGAACAGGCACCUGCGGUAGAUGUUGUAGCAAUAGGCUUAAAUGAUGGAAGAAUUAUAUUACACAAUUUAAAAUAUGAUGAAACAGUUUUUGACCUAGUGCAAGACUGGGGAUGUGUAAUAUCAAUCAGUUUUAGAACAGAUGAGCAUCCUAUCAUGGCAACAGGAAGCUUGGAUGGUCAUAUCGUGUUUUGGAACUUAGAACAGCGUAAAGUUGAAAGUCAGCUUCAAAAAGCACAUUAUGGAGCAGUAACAGGAUUACGGUAUCUACCCAAUGAACCACUGUUAGUUUCAUCCUCCCCUGAUAACUCUUUGAAAAUGUGGAUAUUUGAUAUAGCUGAUGGUGCUGGAAGAUUAUUGAGAAUUAGAGAAGCUCAUUCAGAACCUCCUACAGCUAUUCGUUUUUAUGGAAAUGAAGGAAGAACUAUAUUAACAGCAGGAAGUGAUUCAUCGUUAAGAAUAUUUUCGAUAAUAUCGGAGAAAUUUAACCACAGUUUAGGCAGAGCAUCAUUUAACAGAAAAGCUUCAAAGAAGAAAGGAAAAGGCAUCGAAGAUCCUUUACUCAUGCCACCAAUUACUCAAUUUGCCACAGAAACAACAAGGGAAAAAGAAUGGGAUAAUAUUGCAGCAACUCAUUCUGGUUUAGGAACAGUUACCACAUGGUCUUACGAUAAAAUGAAAAUGGGAGAAUAUAAACUAUUUCCUGAAAAGUUUAAAGGCAACCGCAAUGUUACAGCAAGCAGUGUAUAUAUAACAAAGUGUGGGAAUUUUGUUCUUAUUGGAUAUAAUACUGGCCAUGUAGAGAGGUUUAAUAUACAGUCUGGAAUUCAUAGAGCUAGUUAUGGUAAUGAAAAAGGAGCACAUCAAGGACCUGUCAAAGGUAUAAUGGUGGAUUCUUUAAAUAAAUUUGUUGUUACUGCUGGGAAAGAUACUUAUCUAAAAUUUUGGAAUUUUAAGCCAAGCAAAGAAAACACAGAGCCGCUGGCAAAAAUGAUAUUGGACGAGCCAAUUGAGUGGAUACGACAUCACAAUGAAAAUUCGCUUUUAGCUGCAGCUUUAGAAGACUUUACUAUAGUACUAAUAGACCUUGACACAAGAAUAAUCAUCCGACGUUUCGAAGGACACGAAGGAAGAUUAACUGAUGCAUGUUUUAAUCCUGACUCCAGAUGGUUAAUAACAGCAUCAAUGGAUAGUACAAUCCGUACAUGGGAUAUCCCAUCUUCAAAUUUAAUAGAUAUAUUUCAAGUUCCAGAAGCAUGUACAUCAUUAGAUUUUUCACCAACUGGAGAAUUUCUUGCCACUAUACAUGUAUGUAAUCUUGGCAUAUAUUUAUGGUCAAACCGGACCUUUUAUUCUCAUGUUUCACUGAAAGCUGUGAAUAAGGAUGAUCCAAUUCCAAUGAUUAAUCUUCCUGGAUCAGUAGUUGAGGUUAAUGAUACUGCAGACGACGAUCUUCUUGAAUUAGAGCCAGAAUAUGUUUCUCCAGAACAACUUCAUGACGAACUCAUUACCAUGUCUGGUUUAGCUCACUCAAGAUGGCAGAAUCUAUUGAAUAUAGAUGUUAUAAAGAAGAAAAAUAGACCAAAAGAAUCACUGAAGGUUGCAGAAAGUGCUCCUUUCUUCUUACCUACGAUUCCGUCAUUAGAAUUGAAAUUCGAUUUCUCAAAUGUUGUGAAUACAGAGUCAAGUGAGAAAUUUAUUACCCAUCCCGAAAUACAAAACCUUACUUUAUUUAGCAAAACUUUAUUAAGUGUUGAGAAUAAUGAAUUUAGCGAGAUAAUUGAAAAAUUAAAGUCAAUGAGUCCGAGUUCUAUUGAUUUUGAAAUUCAAUCGCUUUCAUCUGAUGAAAAAUCGUCGGGUACUUUAUUACUUAAAUUUAUGAAACUGUUAUGCUAUAUGAUGGAGAAGAAGGUAAAUUUUGAAUUAUCUCAAGCUUACUUAGCCGUAUUUCUAAAGUGCCACGGUACAGCAAUAACAGAAACAGAAUUGUUAAGAAAUUAUUUAAGUAUAUUACAAGAAUUACAAUUGAAAAAUUGGUUUUUGUUAAGGGAUAAAUUGUUUUAUAAUCUCAGCGUUGUACAAGCAUUAAAAAAAAUGUAA